AUGGCAUUUCUGGAGGGUGAUGAUAAAGUUCUUGAUUUUCUGGUUACUGGGGUCACUCUGCUGGUGAUAGGAUGUCUGGUUGGGCUUCUCGCACUAGAGAUACAAGCCUUAACUGAUGCCGAGAUCUCCCAGUUUUCCUCCACGGGAGUCACAGAGGCCAACACCAAUCUCCAAGGCAGUGUGUCGGUGACCAAGUCUGGUGACACUUUGACCUUGGUGAGCAACAACAUUCCGGAUCACCCAACGGGAUCAUUUCCCAAUACUGACAACCCGAAUACCAUAUCAGCCCAGUCUUACACGUACAUGAUCCCGAAUAAUCCUUCCUUUGCGAGUACGCCCACCUGCCUACCUGAGGGUCCGAUAGGUUUCACUCUUAAUGGUGUUGCCUUUUACAGCGCAAUGACUGGUUUUGGAACUAAUGCUGGACACUGUGAGGUAUUUGAUGAAUGUGAUGCCCAUGCUUCGCCUGAUGGUGCCUACCACUACCACAGGACCAUGAGCUGCCAAUCGAAUACAUCCAUAAGUAACCAAUUCCUUGGGGUAGCGAUGGAUGGAUAUGCUCUUUAUGGCCCGAGGCUUUCAAAUGGUACAAUGAUAACAAAUGCAGAACUGGACGACUGUCACGGCACUACCAUUGACGGCUCCUACCGCUACUACCUGACCGAAACGUACCCCUACAUGUUAGGCUGCUUCAAAGGAAGCCUAAUUGAUUCGACCCUCACUCAAGCUCAAGCCUCACCAAACUGUGCACUUGCUAGUGAUUUGACUGACACCACUGACUGCACUGCCGAUCAGGGACAGGGACCCUGUCCCCCAGGGAGAAGGUGCAGUGCCCCAGGUGUAUCUAGCAUGAAAUUGAUUUCACUCCUUGUGAUCUGCUUUAUUAUCGUCGGUUUAUUGUUCUAA